UCAGGGCCCGGCUCCCGGCAGCGGGGCGCGCCGGCAGGCCGCGGCAGCGGGGCAGGGCGGGCCACGGCCUCCCGCCGGCGGGCGGAGCGGCGCCUGCGCCGCGGCCCCGCGGGGACCCCCGUGCCCGGCGUCUCGCGAGAGGCGGCGGCGCCCGGGUAGCGGCGGGACGGGGACGGGCAGCGGGAGGCGGCGGAGCGGCGAGGAAGGCUGCGUUGCCCGGCCGGGAGGCUCCUGGUUUGCAGCGCCAUGCUGGAUCCCAAGCCUUACUCUGCAAGACAGAGAUGAAUCCAGGUGAAAGCCAGCUAUCACAGUAGGUGUCAGGAUGACCAAAGCACGGCUCCUCCGUCUCUCUGUGGUGCUGGUCUCCAUCUUCAUGAUCCUCCUGAUCAUUGUGUACUGGGACAACGUGGGAACAGCUCACUUCUACCUACAUACCUCCUUCUCCAGGCCUCAUUCCCCAGGAGCCAUCCCUGGUAUCACGGCAGGUGAAGACUGGGAAGCCUUGCCAGAUGUGGAUGAAUUUUUGGCAAAGCUGCUUAGUUCAAGCCUGAAACAGAAUAGCUCUAUCCCCCGAAAGACAGAACAGGUACUUGUCCAGGGCUCCAGCAAGCCUGUGGUGAGCAAUUUGGAGGAGAAUGUGAGGGGUUAUGACUGGUCUACGCACAAUGAUAGAAACAGCUUGGACCAAGAGAAACUGCAGAUAGAGAGGCAGAGAACGUUGCGGGAGUUUUGUGCCAAUUCCAGCUUCACCUUCCCCACCAAGGAGCGCUCCUUUGACGACAUCCCAAACUACGAGCUCAACCACCUGAUUGUGGAUGACCGCCACGGAAUCAUCUACUGUUAUGUCCCCAAGGUGGCCUGCACCAACUGGAAACGGGUGAUGAUUGUGUUAAGUGAGAGCCUGCUGGACCAGGGGGUCCCAUACCGGAACCCUCUGGAUAUCCCCCGGGAACACGUCCACAACACCAGCACCCACUUGACAUUCAACAAAUUCUGGCGCCGUUACGGGAAGUUCUCCCGGCACCUCAUGAAGAUCAAGCUGAAGAAGUACACCAAGUUCCUCUUUGUACGGGACCCUUUUGUCCGCCUCAUCUCUGCCUUUCGCAGCAAAUUUGAGCUGGAGAAUGAGGAGUUCUACCGGCGUUUUGCCAUACCCAUGCUAAAACUGUACUCCAACCAUACCAACCUUCCCACCUCUGUUAGUGAGGCCUUUGGGGCAGGCCUCAAAGUCUCCUUUUCUGACUUCAUCCAGUACUUACUGGAUCCCAGGACAGAGAAGAUGGCCCCCUUCAAUGAGCACUGGAGGCAGGUUUACCGUCUGUGCCAUCCAUGUCAGAUAGACUAUGAUUUCAUCGGAAAGCUGGAGACGCUGGAUGAGGAUGCUGCUUACCUGUUGCAGCUCCUCAAAGUGGACAGGCUGCUUCGCUUCCCCCCCAGCUACCGGAAUAGGACUGCCAGCAGCUGGGAAGAUAACUGGUUUGCCAAAAUCCCGUUGGCUUGGAGGCAGCAGCUGUACAAGCUUUAUGAAGCAGAUUUUGUACUCUUCGGCUACCCCAAGCCAGAGAACUUGCUUAAAGACUAAAAGUGAUUGGGCAGUGGGUGUGGGAGGGAACAUCUGAAAUACCAAAAAUGUUUAAAGCCUCCUCAUUUUUGCUCUUAACUCCCUUCCCCAUAAAGGUUGGUACAACGGAAUAUAUUUUUUCUACCGCUUCCCCUUCCGUUUUUGCAAUAAUGCCAGAGUCCAGGGUAUUCCAGCCAGCUGUGCACAUGCAAAAAAUGCCAGGUUUUUUGUUAUCAUUUAUUUUGUUUUUUAAAAUGCCCCCAUAUUUUGCAAUGGGUCGCUGCCCUUGGUUACUCUGCCAGUUGUGUCCUCCAGUAGCUUUUUAUUAAUACUUUUUAAAAAUUAAUAUAUUUAAGAUAUUUAAUACAAACUGUGUGUUGUGGCAAAGGAAAGGAAGGAAUAAAAAAAAAAAGUAAAAAAAAAACCCAAGAGAUUA